UUCACCCUUCUGCGUUUGUCAUUUCCACUGUCAACCAGUCAGCCAGCCAGCCACACAAACAGAUUUUUUCCUCGCGAACGUGCCCAAAAUUUUUGUUAGCUUGGAAAUUGUUCGGGUUUUGUUUUCAAAUUUAGGCACAAUACCAUUUUAACACUUUCAUUAGCGCGUGUUGAAGCAUUGAUGAACGUUGGAUUAUUGAUUUCUGAACGUCAGCAGACAGAUGCAAAGUGGAGUGCGGAUUUCACAACCGAGCAACUAGACGGGGGCUUUGUUAGUUUAAAACAGUAACACAAUUAAUUAAGCUUCGAGUGAAAAUUCAUUGAAGGAAAGAUCUGAGCGGCAGAGAAAUAAAAAGUAAUUCACAAUGGUUUUAGCGGAGCUUGGACGGAAAAUCACGAAUGCUCUGCAUUCGCUGAGCAAGGCAACUAUCAUCAAUGAGGAGGUUCUGGAUGCUAUGCUGAAGGAAAUUUGCACGGCCCUCCUAGAGGCGGACGUCAAUAUCCGGUUAGUGAAAAAGCUCCGGGAGAAUGUGAAGUCGGUCAUAGAUUUUGACGAAAUGGCUGGCGGGUUGAACAAACGGAGAAUGAUUCAGUCGGCCGUGUUCAAGGAACUGGUGAAACUAGUCGAUCCGGCUGUGAAGCCGUUUCAACCAAUCAAGGGACGACCGAAUAUAAUUAUGUUUGUUGGCUUGCAGGGAUCUGGAAAAACGACAACCUGUACCAAGUUGGCCUAUCACUAUCAGAAGAAGAACUGGAAGUCCUGUCUGGUGUGUGCGGAUACCUUCCGUGCUGGUGCUUACGAUCAGAUUAAGCAAAACGCCACCAAGGCUCGGAUUCCAUUCUAUGGAAGCUACACGGAGGUAGAUCCGGUGGUUAUCGCCCAGGAUGGGGUGGAAAUGUUCAAGAAGGAAGGUUUCGAAUUCAUCAUCGUGGACACCAGUGGCCGACACAAGCAGGAAGAGUCUCUGUUCGAGGAGAUGUUGGCGGUGGCGACCGCCAUUAAGCCGGACAAUAUCAUUUUCGUGAUGGAUGCCACCAUUGGACAAGCUUGCGAGGCGCAGGCUAAGGCUUUCAAGGAAAAGGUUGACAUCGGUUCCGUCAUCAUCACCAAACUGGACGGACAUGCCAAGGGAGGUGGUGCUCUGUCGGCUGUGGCCGCCACCAACUCGCCCAUCAUCUUUAUCGGCACCGGAGAACAUAUUGACGAUCUGGAACCAUUCAAGACCAAACCGUUCAUCAGCAAACUGCUCGGAAUGGGUGACAUUGAAGGAUUGAUCGAUAAGGUCAAUGAGCUCAAUCUGGAUGACAACGAGGAACUGAUCGAUAAAAUCAAACACGGUCAGUUCACGAUACGGGACAUGUACGAGCAGUUUCAGAACAUCAUGAAAAUGGGACCGUUUUCGCAGAUUAUGGGCAUGAUUCCAGGAUUUUCGCAAGAUUUUAUGACCAAGGGUGGCGAACAGGAAUCGAUGGCCCGUAUCAAGCGAUUGAUGACGAUGAUGGAUUCGAUGUCGGACGGUGAACUGGACAACAAAGACGGAGCGAAGCUGUUUAGCAAGCAACCCACCCGGGUGACUCGAGUGGCCCAGGGUUCGGGCGUAACGGAGCGAGAAGUGCGGGAUGUGAUCUCGCAGUACACGAAAUUUGCGGCCGUUAUCAAGAAGAUGGGUGGCAUCAAGGGACUGUUCAAGAGUGGUGACAUGGCGAAGAACGUCAAUCCGACGCAGAUGGCCAAACUGAACCAGCAGAUGGCGAAAAUGAUCGAUCCACGGAUGUUUCAGCAGAUGGGCGGCAUGAGCGGACUGCAGAACAUGAUGCGACAGUUGCAGCAAGGUGCCGGCGGUCUCGGAAAUUUGAUGGGUGGAUUCGGUAAGUCUUGAAGUGUGCUCAGCGGUUAGCCGGUGUUUUUUCCUCCUCCCCAGCGAUUGCCAUGCGGUUGUCGUCUAUUCGUUUCUUCGGUAAAAUCUAAUCUUGAGAGUUUAUGUUGUUUUAUAAGGAUUUUUUUUCGGUAUAGUUUAUUUGAAUCGUGAUGUGUAAGAAGACGAGGACGAGAGUUGUCGGUGUUGAAAUACAUACCUAGAAAGUAUCGACUUUAA